CGUCAUCGACGUCACGUUGGUGUCGUCGGCUUCCAGCAUGGCGCCUGUGUCACGGCUAGAGAUCAACUUCUGUAGACUGUUGGAGCGGUGCGAAGCUCUUGCUGAUGACCGAAAUCCCACAAAUUGGAGAUUCAAAAAGUAUGUUCAAAGCCUUGAAGAUAUGUUACUAGAUCUGAGGAACAUAAACACAUGUCAGCCAAGCAAGGACACAUUGGUGCAUUACACGAGCAAAGUGGACUUUCUGAAACGCCUUAUUGCUGUGGAUACACAACCACACAAUAGUCCAGAAAAGGCCCUCAGCCAUGAGCAGCUCACCCUAAAGCCUGUCCCUGAUGACAAGGCCAAAGAGAUACUGCUCAAACGGCAGACCAAGGCAAUUCGUGAUGUCCGUGAGGAGCUGCUGGAGUCCCGAUCAUCUGCCAAGACAACUGCAGGUGACAACAAGGGAUUGCGACAGCGAGUUCCGGGCCAGGGAGCUGGUGAAGAUUUUGAUGCCGUUCUGCGCUACCACAACUCCAUGCAGGAGAAAAUUGCUGAGGAGAUGGUCUCCUUGGCACAGAACCUGAAGCAGAAUGCAGUGCUUGCUGGACACAUUGUGAAAAAGGACACAGAGGCUGUUCAAAAGAGCGUCCAAUCUGCGGACCAAAACUACGAGCGGCUACAAAAUGAACAGCGACGGCUUGAGGAGCACAUACGUCGCUCGUGUAACUGUUGGAUCUGGCUUAUGCUUGCGAUCGUGUUUUUUGUCUUCCUCAACAUGGUUGUCUUCAUGCGCAUUUUUCCAAAGCGAUGA